UUCAGCCUACAGUCACAGUCAAGUCGACGAGUUCCGGGGUAAACACAACUGCUACAAUGACUGAGUCGGGUUCAAAGUUAAGAAUAUUUAAGUUUUUAAAGAUAAUUAUUAGCAGCUUGCUUAUUACAGUCCUAUUGUUAUUUACAAUAGCGGCUAUCAGGACUUUCUCACUGGACGUUAACGCCGGACUUCAACUCGCACACUGGGAAAAGACGAAUAACAAAUCGCUCGUCAUUGACCACCAUCAGAGAGAGGAGCUCCUAGCAAAUUUUAAAGAGGCAAUCCGCAUCCCCACCGUGUCAUUCUCAAAUACAGAAAGCAACACCACUGCGCUGCUUGAAUUUGACAGAUUCCUCCGAAAAGCCUUCCCUAGAGUUUUCUCUUCUAGCUUGGUUCAUCAUGAAUUGGUGGCAAACUACAGCCACUUGUUUUGGGUGAAAGGAUCACAGCCUGAACUGGUUCCAUACAUGCUGCUGGCCCACAUUGAUGUAGUACCUGCUUCAGAGUCAGAUGGUUGGGAAGCGCCGCCAUUUUCUGCAAAGGAGAUUGAUGGCUUCAUCUACGGCAGAGGAACCAUAGAUGACAAAAACUCUCUAAUGGGAAUACUUCAGGCGCUGGAGUACUUGCUGUUAAAGGGCUAUGCUCCACGCAGGGGAUUUUACAUCGGUCUUGGUCAUGAUGAAGAAAUCAAUGGUCUCAAUGGAGCGAUGAACAUAGUGCGUGUUCUGAAGCAACGUGGUGUCCAGCUGUUGUUUGUCAUGGACGAGGGCCUGACUAUAUCUGAUGGAAUCAUUCCUGGUCUUGAAGGACCUGCUGCUCUAAUUGGGUUAAGUGAAAAAGGCCAGGCCGCUAUAAAGCUUAGUGUGUCUGUAGCCCCUGGUCACGCCUCGAUGCCUCCCAGGGAAACUAGCAUUGGGAUCUUAGCCACAGCAGUCAAAAGACUAGAGGACAACCCAAUGCCAAGGUUAUUUGGUUACGGCCCUGAAGGUGACACUUUUGAGCAUCUGGCCCACAAGUUCAGUUUCCCACUAAAGUUCAUAAUGUCGAAUUUGUGGCUCUUCUCUCCGCUCCUUAGCAGGAUACUUGAAAGAAAACCAAUAUCUAAUGCAUUUGUAAGGACUACCACAGCAGUCACCUUUUUUAAUGCAGGAGUAAAGAUAAAUGUUAUUCCUUCCCUUGCUGAAGCUUAUGUAAAUCUACGAAUUCACUCAGCGCAGUCGGUACAAGAGGUACUGGACAUCAUCAAGGAUACGGUGGGCGACCAGCGAGUGAAGGUAGAACUUGUUGAUGGAUUUGACCCUCUACCCAUCAGCGGUGCUGAUGAGAAGGUCUUUGGCUUCCAAAUUAUUAAGAAAACGGUGUUGGACUUGUUUCCAACAGUUACAGUUGCUCCAGGUAUCUGUAUUGGAAACACAGACAGUCGACACUUCGUCGACCUGACCAAAAAUAUUUAUCGCUUUUCCCCGGCUUGGUUUAAGCCAGGUGACCCUGAGAGAUUCCAUGGCAUCAAUGAAAGGAUUUCCACUAAGAACUACGAGGAGAUGAUUGUUUUUUACUUCAAUUUGAUCCAGAACUGUGAUGUUAGGAAGCUCCCUGAGCCCCACAGCUCUGUCCAUGAACUCUAAGCAAUUGACAACAUUGGUGAUAAGAUAAACACAUGAAUAGCAUACAAAAUGCAUUGAUAUUGCACUAAAUAACUUUUGCAUUAUAGAAUCAGAAACUACAAUUUUGCUAAUUUCAAAGUGGGAUGUACUUUUAUCUUUUAUGUGGACUACUGACUCUUUUCAGUGAUAUGUGAGUAGAUGGAGCACUGACCUUUCUGCAGUAAAAUCACUGUGAAUUGGCUAUCUAGAAUUUUGCAUUCAAGAUUAAGUUUUGGUGCUCUAUGCAGACUGAUGUACUAUUUUUUUUCUGAACUCUAUGGUGGUAUGAUAUGAUUUAAUUAACCAAUUAUUAUAUAUUUUUUAUUGUGGGACACUGAUAGUAGUGCAGUCAUAAAGAUACAUCUUAUGGCUUUUUGAUUUGGACCGCUCAUAAUGAAUGGUACUAAUGACAGCACUACCUACAGGGAUGCUUAACUUAAAUAAAAUACUGGACUUAAUGCUCAAAGAAUGCUGUGUUUUAC